UUCUGCAAACCAAUAUUUGUCAGUAAAAUGACUGCUGGGAAAACAUUGGUCUUUAGACCAUGGGCAUGGGCGGUCUUCAUUCUUGCAGUCCUCAUGGCUGGAUUGUGCGCGGGACACGAUAAACAUGUCGAACCAAGGAAGCUUGUUACUACUAUUGGCAGGCCAGGCCCGGUAUCAACUUCGGGUCCUGCCAGGUGGGCUAACAACGGGCUUCUCAUGGUAGAACCUGGACUCUAAUACCAUAUUGAAAAUCCUGUAUGUAAGCUCAAUACAAGACUUGCAUCCAA